CUCCAAUCCAGUUUGUUCUCCCGUCCAGGCGAAAUGUAUCCGCCCCUCUGUCAGUCUUUCCAAACUGGGCUCUUGUUUACUGUCCCACUGGAGACAGGAGCGACUCAGCUUUACAUUACAGAAAGAAGAACACAUUCAAGCUGUGAAACAAUGCCUUCUGAUUGACAUCAACAGCAGUAACUGUCCAUCAUGAACAGCGAGGAAGAGUUCUAUGAUGCUGAGACAGGUUUAGAAUCAGACGACUCAUGUGAAGUCAGCUUUAAAGAUGCCUGUGUCUAUGAGAGCAAGCAGACAGUGAAUGGCAAAGUGCCAUCUGAAAAUGGAGUGUGGGAGAGGCGAACUACUCUGCCAGCGCCCAUGUUCUCCAGAAAUGACUUUAGUGUAUGGGGAUUCCUGAAGAAAUGCAUUGGAAUGGAGCUGUCCAAGAUAACAAUGCCUAUUGUUUUCAAUGAACCGCUGAGCUUCUUGCAGAGGAUUACAGAGUACAUGGAACAUACAUACCUCAUCCAUAAAGCUUGUACACUUUCUGACUCUAUAGAGCGUAUGCAGCUUGUUGCCGCAUUCGCCAUUUCUGCUGUUGCAUCGCAAUGGGACAGAACUGGAAAACCUUUUAACCCUUUAUUAGGAGAGACUUUUGAACUUACACGGGAUGAAGAGGGUUACCGCAUGAUCUCAGAACAAGUGAGCCACCAUCCACCAAUCAGUGCCUUCUACACAGAGUCACUCAAUCAGGACUUCUCGUUUCACGGCUCCAUCUAUCCUAAACUAAAAUUCUGGGGGAAGAGUGUGGAGGCGGAGCCUAAAGGCACCAUGACACUUGAGCUCUCCAAGCAUAGAGAAGCUUACACAUGGACGAACCCUAUGUGCUGUGUGCAUAACGUUAUUCUGGGUAAACUGUGGAUUGAGCAGUAUGGGACAGUGGAGAUUGUCAACCACAGCACUGGGGACAAGUGUGUGCUGAAUUUUAAGCCAUGCGGCAUGUUUGGCAAAGAGCUGCAUAGGGUAGAGGGACAUAUCCAGGACAAGAGUAAAAAGAAGCAUCAGGUUAUCUAUGGGAAGUGGACUGAGUGUGUAUAUAGCAUUGAGCCAAAAGUCUAUGAAGUCAACAAGAAAGCAGAGAAGAAAAGCGGAGGAGAUUCCAAGAAACACAAGCAGGUACAAAGCGAGCAGAGUACAGGGGGUGAUGAUGCAGAUGAAAUGCCAGAUGUCCAGGAAACAGUUACAAUGAUCCCAGGCAGUACGCUGCUAUGGAGAGUAGCCCCUCGACCGCCACACUCGACACAGAUGUAUAAUUUUACUAACUUUGCCAUGACGCUUAAUGAGCUGGAGCCUGGCAUGAUUGGAGUCAUAGCACCAACAGACUGUCGUUUGCGGCCUGACAUCAGAGCUAUGGAGAAUGGGGAUAUCGAUACUGCAAGUCAAGAGAAGGAGAGAUUGGAAGAGAAGCAAAGAGCUGCCAGAAGAGAGCGUGCUAAAGAUGAGGAAGAAUGGUCUGCGAGAUGGUUCCAGCAAGGCAAUAAUCGGUACACUGGAGCUGCAGACUGGAUCUACAAGGGUGGUUACUUUGACAGAAGGUACUCUGACCUUCCAGACAUCUACUGAUUCGGUCGGGAAGACUGAGAUUCAGUCUUGAGAUUCAUCCUUUGCUCUCCUUCACCCAAUCCAUAUCAUCUCCUCUCCUUAAGCUCUUUUCAUUUUUUCAUCGGAAUGUGAGAUUCAUGUGAACAGUUUUUGGACAAAGCCUCUCCACGAGUUCCUCUCUUCCACUAGAAUCUGAAAAUGUAGUGUGAAUGGAUUUAUUUAUUUUGAGAAGUAGGGAAUGCCUUAAUAAUUCUUAUUUUCUUUUUCGUGUAUGUUAGAUUUUGUCUGUGCAAACCUCAGUAUGUUUAGAAAAUGCUAGUUUAUGUACAGUAUGUACUAACCUACCUUUCCAUGCAUCUCGCUAGAUACACUCAGGUGUUCAGUUUAUGGGUACAAGCGGUUAGUGAUGGCAUCACUGCGAUGCCAUCUGUUAAUUUUUUUUUUUGGUCAUUGUUGAAAUGUGAGGCUGCUCAGAACCUAUUAGGAGAGCAUAAUUUUGUGUUUUUGUUCAAACUAAUGCUAUCUUAUCAUCUCUAUUAUAUGCUUUUUUCCUUAUCUCAGAAAUAUGACCUCUGUUUUGUGGUAUGUAUGAUGUGCAGGAACUUCACAGUUAAAGAUUCUGCCUGAUUAUGAGUA